CGCGCGCACUCGGGGAGGGGGUGGGGAGGGAGCAGGGUUUAGGAAGGAAGCGGGGAGCCAAACCCCCUGAUCCCCCGUCGGUACCCUCGGCCGGGACGCAAUAAGGGGAGGAAAUGAUCGAGAUGGCGGCGGAGAAGGAGCCGUUUCUGGUGCCGGCCCCGCCGCCGCCGCUCAAAGAUGAGUCGGGCGGAGGGGGCGGCCCCGCGGUGCAGCUGCACCGGGAGACGGUGUCCCGGGAGCUCCGCGGCGGGGAGCGCGGGCCGGGGCCUGGCGGGCUCGCGGCGGGGGCCCCGGCGGCGGGGACCACGGCCGGCCCUCGAGGGGGCGGCCCGGCCCCGGCGGCGUCGCACGGGGAGGCCCGCUCGUCGGAGCCCCCGGGGCGGGCCGCUCCCCAGGACGUGGGGGAGGAGCGCCGGGCAGGGGGCGGGACGGAGCUGGGGCCCCCGGCCCCUCCGCGCCCUCGCAAUGGCUACCAGCCCCACCGGCCCCCGGGGGGAGGCGGGGGCAAGAGGAGAAACAGCUGUAACGUGGGGGGCGGUGGGGGGGGCUUCAAACACCCAGCCUUCAAGAGGCGCCGGCGCGUGAACUCGGACUGUGACUCUGUGUUACCCUCCAACUUUCUUCUGGGGGGCAAUAUCUUUGAUCCACUGAACCUGAAUAGCCUCCUGGAUGAGGAAGUGAGUCGUGCACUCAAUGCGGAGACCCCCAAGUCCUCCCCACUUCCGGCCAAGGGGAGAGAUCCUGUGGAGAUCCUCAUCCCCAAAGAUAUCACUGACCCGCUCAGUCUCAAUACUUGCACUGAUGAGGCCCAAGUAGUUCUUGCUUCGCCACUCAAGACUGGUCGCAAGCGGCAUAGACACCGGGGACAGCACCACCAGCAGCAGCAGCAGGCAUCCGGAGGGAACGAUAGCCACGCCGCGCUGCCCACAGCCCCCCUCACCCCCUCAUUCCACGGGGAGGGCGCCACACAGCAGCAGCGGCAGAAGGGCCAGAACCGCGAUGCCCCCCAACCCUAUGAACUCAACACAGCCAUCAACUGCAGGGAUGAGGUCGUGUCUCCCCUUCCAUCUGCCCUGCAGGGUUCCUCAGGCUCCCUUUCAGCCCCUUCAGCUGCCUCAGUUACCUCUGCACCCUCGUCUUCCUCCUCCCGACAUCGCAAACGUCGCAGGACUUCCAGCAAGUCGGAGGCAGGGGCUAGGGGUGGAGGUCAGGGUUCCAAGGAAAAGGGUCGAGGGAGUGGGGGAGGCCGCCACCACCAUCACCCGCUACCUGCAGCGGGCUUCAAAAAGCAACAUCGCAAGUUCCAAUAUGGGAAUUAUUGCAAGUACUAUGGGUACCGCAAUCCUUCCUGUGAUGAUGGGCGCCUGCGGGUGCUGAAGCCUGAAUGGUUUAAGGGCCGGGACAUCCUAGAUCUGGGCUGCAAUGUGGGGCAUCUGACCCUAAGUAUUGCCUGCAAGUGGGGCCCAUCGCGCAUGGUGGGACUGGAUAUUGAUGCCCGGUUGAUACACGCAGCCCGUCAAAAUAUCCGACACUACCUGUCCGAGGAGCUGCGUCUCCCACCCCAGACUUCUGAGGGGGAUACAGGGGCAGAGGGUGAGGAAGGGACUGCCACCAUCCGAAAGAGAAGCUGCUUCCCAGCCUCGCUGCCAGCCAGCCGGGGUCCUAUUGCUGCACCCCAAGUGCCCUUGGAUGGAGCGGACACCUCUGUCUUCCCCAACAAUGUUGUCUUCGUCACGGGUAACUACGUGCUGGAUCGAGAUGAGCUAGUGGAGGCCCAAACACCAGAGUAUGAUGUGGUGCUCUGCCUCAGCCUCACCAAGUGGGUGCAUCUGAACUGGGGAGAUGAGGGGCUGAAGCGAAUGUUUCGCCGGAUCUACCGGCACCUACGCCCUGGGGGCAUCUUGAUCUUGGAGCCCCAACCAUGGUCCUCCUACGGCAAGAGAAAGACUCUCACGGAAUCAAUCUACAAGAACUACUAUCGAAUCCAGCUGAAGCCAGAACAGUUCAGUUCGUACCUGACAUCCCCAGAGGUGGGCUUUUCCAGCUAUGAGCUUGUGGCCACACCCCACAAUACCUCCAAAGGCUUCCAGCGUCCUGUAUACCUGUUCCACAAGGCCCGUUCCCCCAGCCACUAAGUGGCCCCCUAAACAGAAAACACAAAGAGGCUGCCCUUGCUGCUCCUGAAGACCUGGGUGAAAAGGUUUUUUUCCUUCCUAACUCCAAAGUUUCCUUUCCUUGGGUCUGCAAAGAAGGCUUAAGUUGCUGCCCCAGCCUCCUCCCUAUCUCCUGCACCUGAGCAGCAAGCCCAGCUGUGCUGGAGUUACUGUCAUCUUUCUCUCCCCCAGCCUGCUAGGCUGGAUAGCAUGGACUGUUUUGCUGACUUCUGUUCUCCAUGGGAAGUGGGGGAAGGGGUCGAAUUCUCUAGCCCCUUCCUCCUGUUCUCCCAGGAAGAUUCCCACUUCUCAGCCUUUGUCCCUAGCUGCAUUUCAGUGGACCACAGAUACAUGGACUAAGGGUUUGAGGGGGAGCUUGGCAGGGAGGCACACAGAUAAGAUAAAAAUUCCUCCUGCUGCUGUCCCCCAGUGGGAGAGGGGACUGGGUUUGGAAUGUAAGAACAGCACAAUAAACUUGAUACCUAGGGCAGUGGCCCCCA